UGCUGCUUCAGCUGCCUCGGUUUCUUCGGUUUCCGCUGCCUCGGCUGCAUCCGUUUCCUCCGUUUCUGCUGCUUCAGCUGCCUCGGUUUCUUCGGUUUCCGCUGCCUCGGCUGCAUCCGUUUCCUCCGUUUCUGCUUUGUCAGCUUCCGCCAUUUCAGUCUCGUCAAUCUCCGCCGUGUCAGCGUCGUCCGUGCAGCACCUCCCGACAACAAUCAUCAUUCCUGGCUGUCCCGCGGUGACCGCCAACAACUACACCUGGCCUGCAACCAAGAUGGGCGUGCUUUCUAUUCUGCCGUGCUCGUUCGGGUUUGUUGGAAACGCAACGCGCAUGUGUUUUGAAGGCCAAGUUCCGGCAUGGGGCCAAGCCGACACGUCACACUGCAGGUCUGUGGAGAGCGUGCUUGCCGAGCUGAUUUCGACACCUGUGACUGCAGAGAACCUGCAAUCCGUUGCGGAUGGAGCGGCAACACUCGCAACGCAAGCAGGCGCGCUGGAUGGUGGACAACUUGGUUCGCUGGCCGGACUACUGAGCGACAUGAGCGCCGUUGGUGCUGCGGCUGGCUGGCCAGGAUCCUCCAGUUACUCCAUGAUGAAUGUCUUUGACAGUAUUCUGGGGUCGACGAGUGACAGUUUGACCGAGUACCAGGCCUCAAACAAGGGCGAAGGCAACUAUGCCAACAUUGUCACGAGCUUUGGCUACUCGCUGCUUGGCGCCAACGCGACGGUUGGAAGCACUGUGACACGGCAAGGUGCAAACGCCAUCGUUUCUGCUACUGCUGUCGAUGUCCACGCGGAUGCCAGCUUUACAGCCUCUGGCACCGAUUUCCACCUCCCGCAGUCGCUCUUUGACCAGCUGAACGGCACCGCGACACAGGCGCUGUAUUCGGUGAGCUUUGUCUUGUACCAAACGUCCGACAUCUUCCCUGCCGUCAACCAGGGCGACUCGCAAGUGUUUAACGUCAUUUCUGCGUCUGUUCAAAACCGCGAGGUGUACAACCUGAUCGAGCCUGUGACGUUCUUUAUGAACUAUCCAGCAAUGCCAUACAAGCCUGUCUGCUCCUACUUUGACUUUAGCCGGCAGCAGUGGGCGUCGGACGGGUGCGUGACGACUCAGUUGACCAACUCGUCCGCCAAGUGCGAGUGCUACCACCUGACCAACUUUGCGCUGUUCUUUAGCCUGGCCGAUGACCAGAUCGACUCUGUUAGUGCCGAAAUUCUCUCCAACAUUACCUACGUUGGCUGCGCUCUGUCCAUCUUUGGCACCGUGGUGACGUUUGUAACGUUCGUGCUGCUCCGCACGCUGCGCUCGUUCGCCAUGAAGCUUGUCAUGCACCUCUGCGUGGCCAUCUUUGGCAUCAACGUGGUCUUUCUGGCUGGCGCCCUCCAAACCGACAAUGCGGACGGGUGUCGGGCGGCUGGCGUCUUUCUGCACUUUUUCCUGCUGUGCUCGUUCUGCUGGAUGCUGUCGAUUGGUGUCAAUCUCUUCCUGGGCAUUGUUCGCCUGAACACGGACUCGCACAUCUUUUACAGGCACAUGGUGGUUGCCUCAUACUGCGUGCCAGCGCUGAUUGUGAUUAUCACCAUGGCCGUGGACAUUGACAAUUAUGGCGGCACAGAGUCAUGCUGGAUUCAAGACCAAGGGGCGUUGAUCGGUGCCUUCUAUGUUCCAGUGCUCCUGGUGAUUGCGGCAAACAUUGCCAUGUUUGUCAUGAUUCUGUUUGCGUUCCGACGAGCUGCCAAGGACCGAAAGUUGCUCGGCGCCGAGGAGCGCAACAACGCUCGCGUCCUCCUGACCAUCUUCCUGAUGCUCGGCAUCACCUGGGUGUUUGGUGUGCUGGCCAUCGACUCUGCCACCACUGCGCUCCAGUACCUGUUUGUGAUUUUCAACAGUUUCCAGGGCUUCCUCAUCUUUGUCUUUUACUGUUGCAACAAGCGCGUUGUGCAGACCUUCCAAAAGCAGUACGGCGCUCGCUUCCCGUUCUCGUACAUUACCUCGCUGUCUGCACGUACCUCGCGGACAACCGUGGGCACCUCGUCCAGCGCACGAAACACGCAAACGAGCACCGAUUCGAGGGCCGGCACCUUGAGUCGCACGAACAGCACCCAUGCGUCGUCCGUGUACCACUCGUCCGUCUCCCGACAAACGAGUCUCGUAGACAACGCUUCUUCUGCGGAUCACGAUGUCGAGGCCGGUGGAGUCGGCACAGGUUUGCCGCCGUCGCAGCAGCCGCGCAACACGUCGACCUUGCCAACGACGGUCGCUCCCGCAGGCUCUGGCACCAGCCAGCUCCAUGGCAAGGCUGUACGAAUGCUCACGGCUCGUGAUCUACAAGAGCUCGAUGCGUCCACGGAUUCGCGGGUUUGAGAUGUUUUGAGUUUUGAUGGGUUGUUUGAUUUAAUGUUAGAAUUGGAUUUUUGUUUGAAUUGGUUGCCAGCCUGUUUGCUCUGAAGUCGUCCUGUGUGUUUGCUUGUUUCAUGUGUUUGCUUGCGAAUUGCUGAAUGCUCAUUAAAAUGCAGUCAAUCUCCCAG